GAUCCGACGACCUCUCCGCCAAGUUGUGGGACGUGCGCACUGGGCAGUGCAUUUAUGGAAUUCAGACGCACACCUGCGCCGCGGUGAAAUUCGAUGAACAGAAGCUGGUGACCGGGUCCUUUGACAACACUAUUGCAUGCUGGGAGUGGAGCACGGGAGCUAAAAUCCAGCAGUUCCGUGGCCACACAGGAGCAGUCUUCAGUGUGGACUACAACGACGAGCUGGACGUGCUGGUCAGCGGCUCUGCAGACUUCCAGGUGAAGGUGUGGGCUCUGACGGCCGGCGCCUGUCUCAACACUCUGACCGGACACACGGAGUGGGUCACUAAGGUGCUCCUCCAGAAGAGCGAGGUGGAGUCAGUGGUGCACAGUCCUGGUGAUCACAUCCUCCUCAGUGCUGAUAAGUAUGAGAUCAAGGUGUGGCCUCUGGGCAGAGAAGUCAACUGCAAGUGUUUGAAGACGCUGUGCGUGUCGGAGGACCGCAGCAUCGGCCUGCAGCCUCGCCUGCAGUUCGACGGGCGCCACAUCGUCUGCAGCUCAGACCUCGGCGUCUACCAGUGGGACUUUGCCAGUUUUGAGAUUCUCAGGGUGAUAAAGACACAGGACCCGGCUAACCUGUCCCUGCUCAGCUUCGGCGAGGUGUUCGCGCUGCUUUUCGACAACCACUUCCUGUAUGUGAUGGACCUGAGGACGGAGGCCAUCUCGGGCCGCUGGCCUCUACCGGCCUACAGGAAAUCCAAGCGGGGGUCCAGCUUCCUGGCCGGCGUGACGUCCUGGCUCAACGGGCUGGACGGGGACAAUGACUCUGGACUGGUGUUUGCCACCAGCAUGCCCGACCAUAGCAUUCACUUAGUACUGUGGAAGGAGAACGGAUAGACAACAAACGGGGUUUCCCCAGACUGCUAGGACGCGAGCCGCCAUCACGUGGCUCUGGAACAUGAACCUGAACAGCUCAACGUGGGUCACACAUGGACCAAAGCGUUUAGUUUUUAUCCGUUUUCUUCCUCAGCUCACAAACAUGAACAUUCACACACGGAGGCAGAACUAAGACGACACUCGACACGCUCUGGAGAAACCUGUAAACCUCUCGUUGGUCUUCUGAUCUGCGACCAAGAAGCUGUUUUUAUGAAAGCCAAGAAACAUCAGCGACGAUGAAAACGUCCAAAAAAGGUUCCGAAAUACUUUGGACUGUGACCGUGUUCUCAUCAGUAAAGACAAGUCCGACGUUCCGCAGCCGGUUCACUGGGAACGUUGUUUCCUUGAAGAAAGGCAGUCGCUGUCGGUAACGGAGAACAUUUCCUCUGACAUCAGAACGUCCGUCACCGCGAGGGUUCAUGUGAUUCACUGAAGUUCACGUGUCGGCUUGAGAAAUGUGAUGUGCCUUUUCACUUCAUUCCAUGUUGCAGACUAGAAGUCCUCCAGAACAGCCGCGUUGAUCUUACUUUUACCUCGAGUUCUUUUCUUCUUAUUUAACAGUCUCAGAUGUCAUUUUAUAGUUAUCUACUUGACACGACUUGCUUUUACCAAUCAUCGACUGUAAAACAUCAGGUUUAUUUUUCUAAUGCAUUGCACAGCAGAGGAAGUUGAACUUGGCGAGCAGUUGGUUUUUGUGCAAAGAAAUUCAGAUUUUAAGAUUUCCGACUGAGAGCGGAUGUUUCUCCUGACUUGAGAAACGUGUUCUGUUCAACAUCACGUCUCACUUUGGUUUUCCACUCUAACAUCAGUAAGUGCUGCUGUUCUCCAGGCAGGCCACAGAUUGAAAUGUAUUCAGAGCACUAAACCUCCUUCAUGUACACAGACUGUAACCAUGUUUCUCACUCAGAGUAUUGUACACAGCAGAUGUACAGACUGUUUGUGGGUUUAGGUUUUUUUCAAAUCUAAUUAAAACACCACCAAUAUA